CUCUUUCUCUGCUACAGGUGUGCGAAGACCUAGGCCAGCCAUUCAUGCUGUGCCUGUCCCUCCUGGCCUGAAUCAGAUAGCAUUUAAAACAUCAUAAUACUGAUCUGAUAUCAUCUAGAGCAUUACACACAUAUGCAAAGAUUCAAAUUCCUGGAGUGUCCAAAGAAUCCUGGGCCCAGACAUCCUUAUCUGAAUAGAUACAGUGUGACACAGAGUUUUCAUUUAGUGGCAUUCCAGAACAGGCAGGAUGAACUUUGACGAGGUACUGGACCGGAUUGGUGGGUUUGGACGUUUCCAGAAGACGCUCUAUGUGUGGAUCUGCCUGCCACAGAUCUUCUUGGCCUUCCACAUGUUGGUGUCUGUAUUUACUGGUGCCGUGCCCCCUCACCUGUGCAGAUCUACCUGGCCACCAGGCGACGUUGGCGGUCCUGGGUUGGGCCUCAACUUCAGCAAUGCUCCUGGGGAGUCAUGCUCUUCCAGCGCACUGUCCCAGCUUAAUCACAGUGACCUCAAUUUACCAAUUACUGAGCACUCAACCGGUUGCAAGGGUGGAUGGGAGUUCAGCAAAGAUGUCUUCCUCAGCACUGUUGCCACAGAGUGGGAUCUAGUGUGUGAAAAUGCCACUUUGAACAGCAUUGGUUCUUCUAUCUAUAUGUUUGGGCUGCUGGUUGGAGCUGUGCUGUUUGGUGCCCUUGCUGAUAAAUAUGGCCGCAGAAUGAUCAUACUGAUCGGUUUAGCGGUGCAGGCCAUUUUUGGAGUGGGGGCAGCUUUUGCCCCAAAUUUCUACAUCUAUGUCCUGCUUCGCUUCGUGGUGGGCAUGACAGUGUCGGCAGUGAUUAUGAAUGCAUUUGUGUUGGGUACUGAGUGGACGGGCCCCAAAAAACGCAUGCUGGCAGGUGUCAUCACGGACUACUUCUUUGGUUUUGGCUACAUCCUGCUGGCAGGGGUGGCCUACCUUAUCCGAGAUUGGCGUAAAUUGCAGUUGGCCAUCUCCGCCCCUGGCUUCCUCUUCCUGUUCUACAUCUGGGUGCUCCCAAAGUCUGCCCGUUGGUUGAUGGCCAAUCAGAAGCAUGAACAGGCAUUGGAUCUGAUUAGUAAGGCAGCACUUAUUAACGGCAAACCUCUGGACGAUGAUGACAUGGAGCUUUGCAAGAACACCAAAAACUCAGAGAAACUGCAAGACCUGCGGAAGUACACAGUCAUUGAUCUGGUCCGAACACCCACAAUGAGGAAACAGUCCCUCAUUCUGUUCUACCUCUGGUUUGUAAACGUCCUGGUAUAUUAUGGGCUGUCACUCAAUAUAUCAGACUUUGGGAUGAAUAUCUACCUGACGCAGAUGAUCUUUGGCUUGGUGGAGAUGCCAGCACGUACCAUUACACUCUUCACCCUAAACCGCUCUCGCAGGAUAUCCCAGUUAGCAUUCUUAGCAGUAGGAGGCCUGGCCUGCCUUCUCACCAUAUUCAUACCUGAUGAUCUGUCCAUUGUUCGCACAAUACUUGCCAUGGUGGGUAAGUUUGGGAUCACCGCCUCAUUGUCCAUUGUGUACAUCUACUCAGCAGAGGUCUUCCCAACUGUCAUCAGACAAAAUGGCAUAGGUAUGGGUUCGAUGUGUGCGCGGGCAGGUGGUGUGAUUGCACCCAUCAUCUACCUCUUGAGAAACAUCAGCCGUCAUGCCCCCAUGGUGGUGUUUGGCUUGUGUCCGCUAAUAGGUGCUGCCCUCACCAUGUUUCUGCCUGAGACAGCCCAUUCGCCUCUUCCAGACACAAUAGAGGAUGUGGAGCGCACCAGUGCCAGUGCUAGGGCUGAGAAGUUGCAACACGCUCUAUAUGAAGAAUGUCCCAAACAGAACCCCAACAUCAUCCUGUGAUCAGCAGGCCUACAUUAGACUGUCUCCAAACAGCCAAAUUAGAAGUUAAGGCUUUUCAGCUCUCAUUUUCGACUUUUCGUUCCAGGAGUACUUUAAUGUAGUUAUGAAAGCUUUAUGGAAAUGCAGCCAAAUUCUGUGGCUAGCAGAAAGCCAGGGCUAUAUUUCACAGUUUUUUGAGUUUGGAUGCAGUUUUGUUACAUUUGUACAAUAAUAGACAUUAAU